AUGGAUGACUUGCUGAAUGUUAAGUGUUUUGUUUUAGUUUCAGUUUUAAUAAUUUGUUCGGUUAGUGUUAGUUCGACUGCGCUUGCUGAUCAGUUUCACGAAGAACUUUUUAUUAAGACAUUACCAACAGGACAGUUAUACAAUCAUUUUCGGUUUACGACUAUAUGGAAUGUUUCCUUGAACUCCAGCCAAUCAAAGCAUUACAGGUUGUUUCCAAGAGCCCUUGGAGAAGUUUUUGAAACAUUUUCUGUGAAAGAGUUGUCUCUUAGUUUUACUCAAGGUCGAUGGCGACACGAAUCUUGGGGUUAUCCGGUAUUAGAUGCGUCAAAAGGAGCUGAAUUGUUAGUUUGGUUUUCUGCUCAAAAAACUAAAAUUGAUUCAGCCUGGUCAGAGUUAGUCAAUGUUCUCUCAGGAAUGUUUUGUGCUUCCCUAAAUUUUAUGGAUGUGAAAACAACGGUGACCCCAAAGUUAAAUUUCAGGCCAACAGGUUAUGUAACAGAAAAUUACAAAAAGUAUUUUUCUAACCACGUGCGUUAUGCAGUUUUGUCUAAUGAAAAUGUCUGUACAGAAAAUUUGACACCGUGGAAAAAAUUAUUGCCAUGUGGUUUUAGAGCAGGUUUAUCGACGUUGCUGAAUGCUUUUAAACUUUAUGAUUCAUCUUACCAUUCUCUCAAUGUUCAGUUCAGGCAUGUUUGCUUAAACGAGAAAAUUGAGCCUUUAAAAAUAUUCUAUCAACCUGGAAAAGACAAUGGUAGGCCGUAUCAUUUAGAAGUUUUGUUCAACUUACCAGCUAAUUCUGUGGCUAGGUUGAGUUUUCAAUUUGAAAAACAGUUACUGAAAUGGACUGAUUAUCCUCCUGAUCCAAACCAUGGUUUUUAUAUUGCACCAUCAGUUAUAAAUUUCAUUUUGCCCAAUGCUGGAAACAUAACUUCAUUGAAAAACAACAAACAUUUUUUUACUGGCUUGAAAAACAGCAAUAAAAAUGAUGCUUAUACAUUCACGUUACACACUGAAGCGCUUCUCAUCACAUUACCAACUCCAGAUUUCAGCAUGCCUUACAAUGUUAUCUGUCUCGUUUGCACUGUUAUAGCCAUUGCUUUUGGAUCUGUUCAUAACUUAACUACAAAAAGUUUUGUGAUGUAUGAUCCACAAAAACACAAAAACAUUUUCAGAAAACUGAAAGAUAAAUUUUGGAAAAAGAAAGAAAAACUUUCGUGA